AUGGGCGAACUAUUUGAACUGCAGGAGAAUUGCCUGCGGGCGAUGGGGCAUAGCGAUGACAUGGAUAGUACCGAGCUUAGAUCUUUGAGCUUCAAACAUAUAAGCUCUCUCCUUUUAGUCACAUCAGCCCAGUAUCCUUUGAUAUCUUAUGCAGCCUACAAUCGAAAUGAAGUGGAAAAAGUCACAGCUUGUUUGAGUGUAAUGCUUACCAACUUUCUAACAGUUAUUAAAAUUACUACAUUUCUGGUAAACAGGCAAGCUUUUUGGGAUAUGAUUCGCCGCUUCAGAAAAAUGCAACACCAAUCAGCAAAGCAAACGCCCAGAAACGCAAAAGGUUUAGACUACGUAACUAAAGCUAAUAAACAAGCAGCAUUUUUGGGAAAGGCGUAUUGCGUGUCCUGCGGCUUAACAGGGCUUUAUUUCAUGCUGGGGCCCAUUAUAAAAAUGUUGACCAGUAGUUCGCAUAAAACAAUAUAUGUAAGGGAGCUGCCUAUGCCUAUGAAGUUCCCAUUUAGCGACCUUCAAAGUCCAGGAUAUGAACUUGUUUUUCUAUAUACUGUCGUAGUCACUGUUAUUGUUGUUGCCUACGCCUCAGCGGUGGACGGGUUAUUUAUAUCAUUCGCUAUAAAUCUGCGAGCUCAUUUUCGGACAUUGCAGGAUAUAAUUGAAAACUCGAAAUUUUCUUCAUCCGAAAAGAAGGUACAAGAGGGAUUAACAUCAAUUGUAAGGUACCACCAGCUACUUAUAUUAUUAUCCGGAAAACUGCGAGCGACUUAUACCGCCACCGUGUUUGGUCAAUUUGUAAUAACAUCGUUGCAGGUUGGUGUUAUAAUUUAUCAGCUAGUAAAGAACAUGGACUCGGUUAUGGAUCUGUUAUUGUAUGCGUCAUUUUUUGGAUCCAUCAUGCUACAAUUAUUUAUAUACUGUUAUGGCGGAGAAAUCAUAAAGGCUGAGAGUCUACAAAUUGACAUCGCUUUUCGGCUUUCCAACUGGUAUCUGGCUUCUCCGAAAUUACGAAGAUCUUUGUCAGUAAUCAUACAACAAUCUCAAAAGGAAAUUCUUAUUAGGGCUGGUUUUUUUGUUGCAUCUCUGGCCAAUUUCGUUGGGAUCUGUCGCACAGCAUUGUCAUUUAUUACGGUAAUAAAAUCUAUUGAGUAA